ACAUUUCCCACAAUGCAGUGCUCUUUUGACUUCCUGACCCGCACCGCAGAGUCUCCGCACACAAACACCACCAAAUCACUGUGUGUCUUAAUUAUCUCUCACAAUGAGAGGAACACGCAUUAUAUUUGAACUUGGGCAUGAAUGAAACCCGUUUCUGAGGGGUUCGUGUUGAAAAUCUUGUGUGCCAAGAACCAUGAACCUCCACCAGGUGCUCACAGGUGCUGUCAACCCCGGAGACAACUGCUUCUCUGUGGGCAGCGUCAGCAACCGGCCGUUCACGGCGUACGCCUCCGGCUGUGACAUCGUCAUUCUGGGCAGCGACUUUGAAAGGAUCCAGAUUAUCCCGGGAGCCAAACAUGGGAACAUCCAGGUGGGCUGCGUGGACUGCUCUCUCCAGGGCGGACAGAUCGCGGCAUCGUAUGGAAACAUUGUUUGUGUGUUUGAGCCGGUGGAGGUCAGUCCGCAAGGGAAAGCGCAAAAAAAGCUGAAUUAUCAUUGGCAGAAGAGCGGGCAGUUCGUCCUGCAGUCAGUCGCACACAUCCUGACGUGGCACCCGACCGGUACGUGUCUUCUGACCGGCUCGGCAUCUCUGCAGCUGUGGUGUAACGUGCGUUCCAGCGCAGAUCCCGAAGACAAGGCCGCUGCCGGCGAUCCUCAGCACUCCUGGAGAUGCAUAUGGCAAUGCAAGUCCGCCGCUCCGACUCACUUCAUCAAGUUUUCCCCGGAUGGAGAGUUUUUUGCGACUGCAGGACAGGACGACUGUUUGGUGAAAGUGUGGUACAGCACCAGCAAAUGGCAGGCAGACAUCACCAAAUUCUUCACCCCGCUUGACCUGCGCUCUGGGGCAGAGAUCAACUUCUCCUUCAUUUACCUGGCCCACCCUCGCUCCGUCACCGGCUUCUCCUGGAGGAAGACCAGCAAAUACAUGCCCAGAGGCGGCGUGUGUAACGUGCUGCUGACCUGCUGCAAAGACAGCGUCUGUCGACUGUGGGCGGAAACGCUGCUGCCCAGCGACUGCCUGCUGUCCGGACACAGACACAAUCACUGCAACAACGACCUGCCGAAGACAAACAACAUGAAGAAGUCCUCCAGCAACACCCUGAACCAGAGCCCGCUGGAGCUGAACCUGAAGCCCUCGUGGCGAGAGGAGGUGCGGUGUUUAUCUCAGCUCUCGUACACGGGUCCUCUGCCACAGCAGCAGAACAAGCACUACGCACACCGCACCAACAUCCUGCACGCCAACGCCCUGUGCCACUUCCACAUCGCUGCCAGCAUAAACCCAGCCACAGACAUCCCUCUGCUGCCCUCCAUCUCGUCCAUGAACGGCUCCGAUGAGGAGGAACCGGGAGGCUCGUUCACUGUUCACUGGCUCAACAACAAAGAGCUGCACCUGACGCUGAGCAUGGAGGUGUUUCUACAGCAGCUCAGGAGCAACGGCGAGCAGAACGGACCCGGAGAGCGCUACGAUGUGGGUGAGGAGGGGAACAGCGCUGAUGGUGCAGCUGCGAGCUCCGUCGCUCUGCCUGCACCGGCUGUGGAUCAUCAGGUGGACGUGCUGCUGGGCGACUGGAACAGAGGAGCAGACAUGCUGUUCAGCAUCCACCCGAUGGACGGGUCGCUGCUGGUGUGGCACGUCGACUGGUUGGACGAAUACCAGCCGGGCAUGUUCCGACAGACGCAGGUUUCCUUCGUGUCCAGGAUUCCCGUGGCCUUCCCCACCGGUGACGCCAACUCUCUCAGCCGCAGCGUGGUCAUGUACGCCUGCAACAAAAACGUGGACCUGGCCAUCCAGCACGGACGUCAGCGGCCCGCGGGUCUGCCGCACUCUUCCUCCGCGCUGAUCGGCUUGAGUCAGAACAAACCCUCCUCCAACAGCCUGCGCCUCAGCAUCUUCACCCCCAGCGUCCUGAUGAUCUCCAAACACGCCGACGGCUCCCUCAACCAAUGGGCCGUCAGCUUCGCCGAAGAUUCGGCCUUCUCCACGGUGCUCAGCGUCUCUCAUAAGUCGCGAUACUGCGGCCACCGCUUCCACCUCAACGAUCUGGCCUGUCACUCUCUGCUGCCCCUGCUGCUCACCACGUCACACCACAACGCCCUGAGGACGCCCGACGGCGACGCCACUCUGACGCUCCCGCCGGACCCGUCCCGCAGGAGCAGAGUGUCGUCCGGUGGCGUCUCCCAGGACCCCAACGCCAUCUACAGCGAGCUGAUCCUGUGGCGGGUGGAUCCGGUGGGUCCGCUGUCGUUCUCGGGGGGCGUGUCAGAGCUGGCCAGGAUCAACUCGCUGCACGCGUCGGCCUUCUCUAACGUGGCCUGGCUGCCCACGCUCAUCCCUAGCAACUGCCUCGGUGUGUAUGGAAACUCACCCAGUGCCUGCUUCAUUGCCAGUGACGGACACUCGCUGAGACUGUAUCAGGCCAUCAUAGAGGCCAAAAAACUGCUGAGUGAACUCUCGAACCCCGACAUCUCUAAAUAUGUUGGCGAGGUGUUUAACAUCAUCAGCCAACAGUCGACGGCCAGACCGGGCUGCAUCAUCGAGCUCGAUGCCAUCACAGACUUUCAGGGGAAAGAGACGCAGCUGUUGCAUGUGUUUGAGGAGGACCUGAUCUUGGGAAAUGAGAAAUCAGACGAUUGCCUGCAGGAGUCUGUUCCCAGCCGGACGCUCUUCUCCGCUCGCUUCUUCCUGGUGGUGGUGGAGAUCGCUCAGAGCGGCAGGUCGCUCCUGCACAUGUGGCAUCUACAGUUAGAUGCAGUUCCCGUCAUUAUGGAGCAAACUCAAACUCCUGCAAAAACUGAGACUGUGUCUCCAUCACCCACAAACUGCUCACAGUUUAACUUCGAGACGGUCGGCUCACCGCAGGCCCAGAGAACGAAACUCAACACAUCCAACCUCCAGAGCGCCUGUCGCCUCACUCUUACCAGUACGAAAGUGUUCAGCCAGGAGCUCGACCUACCGCAGGGUGUUGAAGUCAUACGUGUAACACCGGCUGCAGGACAUUUGAGCUCUUCAUCCCUGCAGCCAACUGGACGGGCUCCGUAUCUGCUGGCCACAUCCUGCUCAGACGGUACUGUCCGGUUCUGGAGGUGCAGCGCUGUCUCUGACCCCGAUAGCUCUGGAGAACCGUCAUAUGUCUGGGAAGAGUGGCCUUUGUUAGUGGAGGAAGGCGUGGCCAGCAGCAGCGCUCUGAGCGUGUGCGGUCAGCUCAUGGGUCUCAGCUGCUGCCACACCAGCAGAGUCGCGGUAGCACACCGGAGCGACGGACCGGGUUCCGGCGAGCCGCUCAUGCAUGUCAGCAUAUUCCAGUGCGACUCCACCGGCGGCUCUCAGUGGAUACUGGAGCAGAUGCUUAAAGUCAGCAGCUCUUAUAGCCCGAGUAGUAAUGACUGUGAUAAAAGCCUUACGGUACUAAGGGAUGGGCUGGUAAAUAACAAUUGCUUAGCUCUUGGCGGUAAGAGGCAGGUCCACUUAGACUGGGUCUCCAGAGAAGACGGCUCUCAUAUAUUAACCGUGGGUCUGGGAUCCAAACUUUACAUGUACGGGAUGCUAUCGGGAAAACCUCCAGAUCUGGGACUGUCCGAUAGCAGCAGGGAGCACCGCUGCUCCCACCUGGUUCUUCUCAGAGUGGUGGAUUUAGUGUCGUCUGUUGAGGGUUCGCUACCCAUUCCUGUCUCUCUGUCUUGGGUGCGAGAUGGGAUCUUAGUAGUCGGGAUGGAAUGCGAGAUGCACGUCUACUCCCAAUGGCAGCCACCCACCCCGGCCAAGCCGGCGCUCGCCACCGGAGAGAACAGUAUCGGUACCGGCAGCGUGACGUCUCUGAAACUGGAGGGACUCAGUCCGAAUCCUUCUAAAAAGACUCUCACUAGGUCCAUGACUAGUUUGGCUCAGAAACUCAGUGGAAAGAGAACUGCGUACGACCUCCCAGCUGAGAUGGAGGAUUCUGGGUUGUUUGAGGCCGCGCACCACCUUUUUCCCACUCUGCCCCAGUAUCAUCCGGUACAGCUUUUGGAGCUCAUGGACCUCGGAAAGGUCCGACGGGCCAAAGCCAUCCUGUCCCAUCUGGUGAAGUGCAUCGCCGGAGAGAUCGUGUCUCUGAAGGACACAACUGUCAACCAAGAGCGACGUCUGCGCUCACUCACGAUCAGCGCCAGCGGAAGCACCACCAGAGACCCAAAGAUGUUCAGCAAGGGCGAGAGCUCGGACUACACCGAGAUCGACUCUAUCCCGCCACUGCCGUUGUAUGCGCUCUUAGCCGCCGAUGAUGAAACGGCCCCCAGUGCCAAAGAAAGAACGGAUAGCGUGAGCGCUCACGGCGCCAGUACAUCCAGCCAAAGUGUUGCUUACGAUGAGCUCUUCUCGAGCACCGGUGUCAGUGCGGAUGACUUGGACCCUUUUGAUGCAGAUGAGGAAGAUGAUAAUGCCAAAGUCAUUGAUCUGUCGAAGUAUAGCCCCACGUUUUUCGGCUCUGAGCAUGCACAGGUGUUAUCCGGACACCUGCUUCACUCUAGUCUCCCGGGCCUGACGCGGAUGGAGCAGAUGUCUCUGAUGGCCUUGGCAGACACCAUUGCCUCCACCAGCACUGACAUUGGAGAAAGUCAAGGGAAAGGCCAAGGUGGAGAGACACUGGAUGAAUGUGGACUGAAGUUCCUGCUGGCUGUUCGCCUGCACACCUUCCUCCUGACAUCUCUGCCUCCGGCUCAUCGAGCUCAGCUUUCCUGUCAAGGAUUGUCCACCUGCCACUACGCCUGGGCGUUCCACUCUGAGGCUGAAGAGGAGCUGCUCAACAUGCUUCCAGCCCUGCAGAAAGGAGAUCCCACGUGGCCAGAUCUGAGAGCCAUGGGUGUGGGCUGGUGGCUGCGGAGUACUAAUAAGCUUCGCAGAUGCAUUGAGAAGGUGGCAAAAGCUGCUUAUCAGAGAAACAACGACCCCUUAGACGCAGCCUUGUUUUAUCUGGCCAUGAAGAAGAAAGCCGUGGUUUGGGGAUUGUACAGGUCUCAGCAGAACGCGAAGAUGACUGCGUUCUUCAGCAAUAACUUCAGUGAAGAUCGCUGGAGGAAAGCAGCUAUGAAGAACGCUUUCUCUCUGCUCGGAAAACAGCGCUUCCAACAUUCCGCUGCUUUCUUUCUGCUGGCUGGAUCCCUGAAAGAUGCUGUUGAGGUUUGUAUAGAGAAGAUGCAGGACCUUCAGCUGGCUCUAGUCAUCUGUCGACUGUACGAGUCUGAGUUUGAGAUGUCCUGCACCUACAAACGAAUCCUGCAGAGGCACGUUUUGGGUCAGGACCACCAGAUGGCGGCCCACCAGGACCCGUUCCUGCGCAGCAUGGCUUACUGGGUCUUAGACGACUACAGCAGGGCCCUGGACACUCUGCUGGAACAGCCCAAUGAAGGAACCGCCGGCACAUCUCCCUGUAAUCCUGACGUCUUCAACUUCUACACGUACCUCCGCACGCACCCGCUGCUUCUACGCCGCCACUUCGGCUCCUCGGAUAAAGCUAAAGUGGGUCUGACGGCCGAGGGCCGCGUGGCCGACUCCAUCACCCUCACCGAAAGGAGACUCUUCUUCACCGCCGCUCACGCACACCUACAGGCCGGCUGUCCCAUGCUAGCUUUAGAGGUGCUCUCCAAAAUGCCGAAAGUUGUUAAGCGUUCCAAGGCACGUGAGUAUCCCUCCAUGUCGAUGAGCGCUUCUGAAGGUCUAGAGAAGCCUGUUCUCAACGGCUUCCAGUCAGUGUCCUCGCUCUCGUCUCCCAGAGACGACAGUCAGUCGGACUCGGUGCUCAGUUUCGACUGGAGCCAGCCCUCUAUCACUCUGCCGGAUGAGCCUCUGGACCUGAAGUGGGACUCUGAAGACUCUGACGUAGAAGAAUCGGGACUGGCGAUGAAGACCAUCCACCCAGAGAACAACGGAGACGCUCCGGACGCGGCGUCCACCCCCACGGAUCACAGCGACUCGCUCGCCCUGACCGAGGACAUCCUUGCCGCCCGGUUGAAGUUCAGCUCCUGCCUGAAGAUCCUGACCACGGAGUUACGGACGCUCUCCACGGGCUACGAGCUGGACGGAGGGAAGCUGCGGCAUCAGCUGUGCCACUGGCUGGAGCGAGAGGUGGCGGCGCUGCAGAACUGCUGCGGUUACAACCCCUUCCUCCAGCACCUGCCUGAGGGCAUCUCGGCGGACCUGAGCCAGCUGGAGGAUCUGGAGGUGCAGGGCGCAGCGGAGCAGGCCAGAGAGGUGCAGCGGCGGCGGAGGCUGUGGCUGAAGAGGAACCAGCCCUUGCUGCGCAUCUUCCUCAGUUACUGCAGCCUGCACGGCUCUCACGGAGGAGGACUGGCCUCCGUCAGGAUGGAGCUCAUUCUGCUGCUGCAGGAGUCUCAGCAGGAUGACGCUCUGCAGAUCUCUGUCCCUGCUCUGCAGCAUGUAUCUAUUCCUCUUCUUCUGGCAUGGACCGCCAACUCCAAAACAGUGGUGGCCAAUCCCAUAGUGCACCUGACCAAUCUCACUCACGACAUUCUACACACCAUCAACGCUCUUGAUGCGCCUCCGCAGCCGGACGUCGUCAACAACGAGAUCUACGUGAUGCACACGCUGGCAGCUUCCCUGUCGGCCUGCAUUUAUCAGUGUCUCUGUGACGGACACAGUUACAGCCAUGUAAAUCCGUUCACGGGCAUCACCUACCAGAGCGUCCUGCUUACCCAUCAGACCCCUGUGAGGAGCGUCAGCAUGGAGGAGGCCGUCCUGCCCAACACUUCUCCUGCGCAGUGGCCUGGUGUGAGCGUCCUGAUGCAGCUGCUGAAUGCGUUCGGAGACGAGAACCAGCCCGGAUUGUCCGUGCUUCUGUGUGAGAUUCUGACCGCCGUCUUCCUCAGCCUGUUCGUCCACGGGUUGGCCACACACUCAACGCACGAGCUCUUCCGCAUCGUCGCUCACCCGCUCAACGCAAAGCUCUGGGUGGCCGUGUUCGGCGGCGGCGCUCGCGUUCCCGUGGCGGAGAAACCCAGCUCACCCACAGUGGAAGAUGCGGAGCGGAAGCAGCGCCGUUUCCGGCUACGCUCGUCACGCAGCAGCUCCAGAGAGGUUCCAGACAGUCCGAUCAGCCCCAGACCCGUGAUGGAGCCGGAAACAUCCGUCUGUAAAGAGCGCUUCGUUCCGCCUGAGCUCAGCAUCUGGGAUUAUUUCAUCGCAAAGCCGUACCUUCCUCCGUCCGCCAGCCGGGUGGAGUACGAUUCCGAGGAAAGCCAAGGCAGCGAGGAUGAGGAAGAUGAUGAUUAUGAUGAUGAAGAUUCUUUUGAUCCCAACUCUCCUCUGGCGGAACAUUCCAACAGUAACUCGUACAGCUGGUGUCUGAUGCGCUUGGCCAUGGUGCAGAUGGUGCAGUUCAACCUCAAGACCUUCUACCCAACGGCAGGUCAUGACCUCUUAGAUCUGCCCGUGUGCUCGCCGCUCUGUCACGCCGCUCUGAAGACCCUGCAGCGAUGGGAGCAGCUGCUCCUCAAGAGGCUGGAGAUUUUCGGAGGUCCUCCAUCAAAGUUCAUCUCCACGCAGCUGCUGGAGGAGAGCGUGUCAUCGGGACCGGCCCUCCUGCGGCACAAGGCCCUGUUCGAGCCCACAAACACCCCCUUCAGGUCGCGCCGGCGCUCUGCCCUGCCCGUCAGACGACUCUGGCAGUAUCUGGUCAAGCAGGAGGAGGUUCAGGAAACGUUCAUACGAAACAUCUUCACUAAGAAACGAGAUCUGAACGAGGAGACUGACAGUGUGCUGCUGGAUUCCACACACAACCAGAUUGAGGCUGAUCUGGGAUAUCCAGGAGGAAAAGCGCGCAUCAUCCACAAGGAGUCUGACAUCAUCACGGCGUUCGCCAUCAAUAAGGCCAAUCGCAACUGUUUAGUGAUCGCCUCCACACACGACAUCCAAGAGCUGGACGUGUCCUCCAUCCUCGCCACUCAGGUGCUGACGUGGAUCGAUGACGAGGCGGAGACGGAGGUCAAAGGGACGGAUGAUUUCCUGGUAGUGCACGCGCGGGACGACUUCGGCUCGCUGCACGGCAGCACGCCCUACACCCACAGCAGCCCCGGGACGCCCAUCAACAUGCCCUGGCUGGGCGGCCUGCAGACGGGCAGAGGAGCCGCCGUGCUCAUCAAACGAAACAUCAACAACGUGAGGCGGAUGACAUCACACCCCACACUGCCGUACUAUCUGACGGGGGCUCAGGACGGGAGCGUGCGGAUGUUCGAGUGGGGUCACUCACAGCAGAUCACCUGCUUCAGGAGUCCAGGAAACUCCAGGGUCACCAGAAUACGCUUCAAUUACCAGGGCAAUAAGUUUGGGAUCGUAGAUGCGGACGGAGCGCUCAGCCUCUGGCAGACCAGCACCUCAGGAAACACACCCAAACCCUAUCUGACGCUGCAGUGUCACAAUAAGACGGCGAAUGACUUUGUGUUUGUGGGCUCGUCGUCUCUCAUCGCCACCGCAGGCCUGUCGACAGACAACAGGAACGUGUGUCUGUGGGAUACGCUGGUCACGCCGGCAUACAGUCUGGUUCACGCCUUCAGCUGCCACGACUCCGGCGCCACGGUCCUGGCUCUGGCGUCCAAACAGCAGCUGUUAAUCAGCGGCGGCCGGAAGGGCUGGAUCAGCGUCCUGGAUCUGAGUCUGAAGGUCCAGCGGCAGAGUUUCCAGGCGCACGACUCACCCGUCAAAGCGCUGGCCGUGGACGCCACCGAGGGAAGCUUCAUCAGCGGCUCCGCCGAAGGAAACAUCAAGGUGUGGAGCAUGUCGACACAGACCCUCCUGCACACCUUCACCAACGAACACGCCCGGCAGUCGCUCUUCCGCAACCUCGGCACGGGCGUCAUGCAGAUCGAAACGGCCCCGGCCAAUCACAUGUUCUCCUGCGGAGCGGACGGCACCAUGAAGAUGCGCAUUCUGCCGGACGCCCUGAGCGUUUACGGCAGCGGCGCGAGGAACGACGUGAAGUUUAUCAUGUAGCACAUUCUUGAGUUUCUUUGCACACGGUAAGGCAAGCAAUACGAGAGAGAGGAAACACACGUCGCCGCUCGAAUCCUCAGCCAAUCGUACAGGGUCAGGACGGACGUGUUCAAAGCACACUGUACCUUUAGCAUACACAGUUAGAUAUAUAUAUAUAUAUCAGUAAAGCCUUAACUAGCCAAACUGUUGCUAAGCGGUGUUGUGAUCGUGCUCUAGAUUUAAAUAUAGUGAUAAGUGUCCUUAUAUUUCUACCGAUCAUCCCUGAUCUCCGGCGCCGGAGCGUGUGGUAGUUCCUGCUGUUGCGAUAAUCAUUCUGUGGGAAGGUAUUGAUAAGCAGUAUUCAGUCGGCGGAGAUGACGAGCUUUAACAGCGUAAAUCGAGUGGCUCUUCUUCUGCACAUGAAGCACUUCUGUAGAGAUCCGAGCUGAAGCAUCAUUCCAUGACCCAUAAACCCGAGAACGGACCUCGUUGACCCGCUUCGGCUCGCGUCUGUGACUUCAGCGUCAGUAACUGGAAUGAAGAUCACAGCUACUUUUAUUUUCAGAUGUAAAUACGAGAUUCUGUGUUAAAUAUAAAGCUUAUUUAUAAUCACCGAGGCUUCUGCAGACGUUUGUUUUUAGGAACGUUGUUCAGGGUUUAUUUUUUACGCUUUUCUUUUACCUGUCGACUCGGGCACAAGCGUUUUCUUCUGUUCUUUGGAGAGAUUUUUAUCUGAUGAAGGUCAUUGUGUUCUUCUCUCUUCUUCACCCAGUUUAGGAAUCGGCUGUAGUGAUCAUGCUUUCUGCCCUUUAACCUCUCAAAAUGUGAAUAUAUACGCAAAUGAAUCUAAUUUUAUAAUGAGUAUGAAGAGACCUGUAAUAUACAUUACUGUAAUGAGAAAAUAAAUGACUUAAUGCAA